UAUUACGUAUUACGUGCUCUGAGCAGACGCACUCCACAAUCUACUGCCAGGGCUCCGUCAGGGGUUGCCGUGGUAACCGGAGCCGGCUUCUAACUUCAGACCCCGAACAGGCCGGUGUACAAUGCUGUCUGUACUGGACGCUCUAUGGGAGGACCGCGAUGUCCGCUUCGAUAUCUCUCCGCAACAAAUGAAAAUGAGACCCGGAGAAGUGCUAAUAGAUUGCUUAGAUUCUAUUGAAGACACUAAGGGAAACAAUGGUGAUCGAGGCAGACUUUUAGUGACUAAUUUGCGGGUUAUUUGGCAUUCCAUAGCACUACCUCGAGUCAACCUUGCUGUCGGCUACAAUUGUAUUAUAAAUAUUACUACAAGGACUGCUAACUCUAAAUUGCGGGGACAGACAGAAGCUCUCUAUAUAUUGACAAAGUGCAACAACACCCGUUUUGAGUUUAUCUUUACAAAUGUGGUACCAGGAAGCCCUCGCCUUUUCACUUCAGUUAUUGCUGUGCACCGAGCAUAUGAAACAUCCAAAAUGUAUAGGGAUCUCAAACUAAGAGGAGCAUUGAUUCAGAAUAAACAGCUAAGACUCCUUCCCAAAGAACAAGUUUAUGAUAAAAUCAAUGGAGUGUGGAAUCUAUCCAGUGAUCAGGGUAACCUUGGCACUUUCUUCAUAACCAACGUCCGAAUUGUGUGGCACGCCAACAUGAAUGACAGCUUUAACGUCAGCAUUCCUUACCUGCAGAUUCGCUCCAUUAAGAUCCGAGACUCCAAGUUUGGUUUAGCACUGGUUAUUGAAAGCUCCCAACAGAGCGGUGGCUAUGUACUUGGCUUUAAGAUUGAUCCAGUGGAGAAACUUCAGGAUUCAGUAAAAGAGAUAAACUCUCUGCACAGAGUCUAUUCUGCAAGUCCUAUAUUUGGAGUUGACUAUGAAAUGGAGGAGAAGCCACAAGCUCUGGAGGAGCUGACUGUAGAACACGUUCAGGAUGAUGUGGAAAUUGAAGCUGAUGAACACACUGAUGCUUUUGUGGCAUACUUUGCAGAUGGAAACAAGCAACAAGAUCGUGAACCAGUGUUCUCUGAAGAGCUCGGCCUUGCCGUUGAAAAACUGAAAGAUGGCUUCACCCUUCAAGGACUAUGGGAUGUCAUGGGCUGACACCCUUUACAAAGAACUGCCCGGUUACAAGAAAGUGGUUAGAGAAGAAAAUGCCAUUCUCCAGGGUAAUAGUCCAGAGAGAGACAUUGUGUGUUUUUUAACCAUUUUUUUCUUGUUUCGAUUAUGGCCAUGAGCAUUCCAGAGCCCGUGUAGGUGUGUUUACGACUUACUGCUACCUCCUCUAUUUAUAGGUGACAGAAUUAGAUUAAAACAACUCUGUACUUGCUGUUUAUUAUGUAAGGUUGUGAAAUAAUGUCAUUCCAGGCACUGAGGCGUUCCAUCAUAUAAUCAUGGACCUUCCAGAGGACACAAGAGGUUCCAAGCUCUGAGGUUCUGUAAGGCAAGGCUGACUUCCACUAUUAAAUUGAUGAUUUGCCUCAUGAUCGACUGAUCAAUUUAAUUGGUGGUCUCGUUGACCAAUUGUGAGGUAUGGGAGGAGAAGGACCAUGUACUGACGUGGAAGUUGGUUGCAUGCUAAAUCCCUAUGAGUUUUUUAAGACUACAGGUACCUUAAUGAUGUUAUUUUAGUUAUGCCUUUUACUAAUAUACAUAUAGAACAGUGGUUCUCAACCUGGGGGUCGAAUAAUGAUUUGCCAGGGGUCACCAAAUCCUGGGCUGUUCCUGAAGCC